AUGGUCGGGCCGUUCGAUGAAACGCGUAGCGUCGCGCCGCAUCCCGUGGAACAGAGCAGUUCCACCUAUCUCACCAUGUUGCUCCAGCAGUUUCACACUCUCUGGGACCUCGGUUUCUACUUUUCGUCCAAUGAGUCGAUCCUGAUCGACGAAAUUCCCGUGUUUUACGACGUUUCUCGGAUCGUCUCGGUUUCUGGAAUGACGGAAAUCGACCAGAAUUCCGCCGUCGCCGCCAUCCAGCAGCUUUUCCCGCCUUCCGUCGCCGUUUUGAACCAGACUUUCCGCCUUCCCCGCUUCUUCCACGUCCAGCCCUUCGCGGGAGUUUCAUGGCAGAUCUUCGCCGGCGUGCCGCCCCUCGAUCCCGCGGUUUUGACAUGCGAAACGCUCGGGAUCGACGAGCUGCUCGGCGAGUUUUCCUUCACCGAAAUGCCGAAAACCGCGGGAAUGGAGAAGGAUCCCCGCGAAACUCCCGCGGCGGUGGGCGUUUCGGCGGGCGUGGAACCGGAUCUCCGUCCUGAAACGCCCUCCGAUGAGGGCGUUUCACCGAGAAUGCGGGAAGAAUUGCGCGUUGAAACGGCCGUCGAACCGAACGAAUUCGAUGGGGAGUUUCACUCGGAAAUUCCCGCCAAAGACGAAGAAAAAGAAUUCGAAACCGAAUUCGAAUUCGAAAUCGAAAAUCCGCACGAAAUCAACACAAAAUCCACCACCGAAACCGUGGAAACCGUGGAAACCAUCGACACCCACUCCGAAUCCGCGGUUCUUCUCUCCCCCAAGGACGAACCGCCCAAUGAAACCGCCUUCUCCGAAACCGGCUUCUCGAAGGAGUUUCAUUCCGUCCCCAGCCCGGGCGUUUCAUUGGAGCCGGAUUUCGAAUCGGUGGGAUCCCACUCUCCGUUUUCCAGCCAAGUGAACGCGCUGUUCCAGCAGGAUUUCCGCGCGUCUUCGGUUCCCCGCGGUUAUUCUUCUCCGUGGCGGCGGUCGCAGGACACGUUCGACGCGCUGUACGGUUCGGAAGAACCGCGGGGCUGGGAGGACGCGGAGGAAAUGGAGGAGGAGCGUCGGAGCGUGUCGCUGCGGUCGCUGCUGAGCGAGGUUCCGGGGAAGGAGGGAACGCUGCGGCGGCGCGGGCGGCUGCUGUACCACGGGGACGAGGACGAGGACGUGCGGAACGCGGUGUGCAUGGAGGCGGUGGCGGCGGCGGUGAGGCAGAUCGUGGGGCUGUUGGGAAAGGAAGGGAAGGAGGAGGCCGCGGGGGAGCUGCGAGAGAGCAUGAUGGGGAUGGGGAAGCAGGGAGAGAAGAGCACGGUGAUGGAGAUGAUUCCUGAGGAGAGCGCGGGAGGAGAAGCUGGCGGAGAAGAGGAGGGAGGAUUGUGGAAUACGGGGUGUGGAAAGGAUUCGUUGGGUGUUUGUUGGAGAAAUGAGACUUUUGGGAGAGUGUGGGGGGAGGAGGAAGAGGAAGAAAAAAAGCAUGGAGCGGAAGAGGCAGAGUGGUACAUACCAUAA